AUGGGGAGCAUUCAGGCUCUUGGGUUUCUGCUACUGUCGGUUCUUUCACUGGAGGCUAUAAACGCCAGGAGCUGUUCCACUUUCUUCUGCCAUAAACGCGUUCUCAGCCGGUCCGAUGGAGAGGACCCCGGAUCCCCGCUCUUCCUCACGCCCUACCUGGAGAAGGGUGCCAUAGACGAAGCCAGAAGCCUGAGUCUGGUUGGGAAUCUGCCUGGAGACAAUGUGAAGAGCUUUGCCGGCUAUUUCACCGUCAACAAGAAAUAUAACAGCAACCUCUUCUUCUGGUUCGUCCCUGCGCUCAUGUCAAACCGGGACAAGGCUCCAGUCCUGCUGUGGCUGCAGGGGGGCCCGGGGGGAACCUCCCUGUUCGGCCUGUUUGUGGAGCACGGGCCCUAUGUGGUGUUCAAGAACAUGACCGUGGGGAUGAGGGACUAUGCCUGGACGUCCAGAUAUUCUGUGCUGUACAUUGACAAUCCGGUCGGCACCGGCUUCAGCUUCACGGACGACGACCGCGGCUUCGCCCAGAAUCAAGACGACGUCGGCCGCGAUCUUUACAACGCUCUCACACAGUUCUUCCAGAUGUUCCCAGAAUAUCAAGACAACGAGUUUUAUGCGACUGGAGAGUCAUACGCCGGGAAGUAUGUGCCAGCCGUGUCCUACUACAUCCACAAGAACAACCCCUCGGCCAAGACCAAGAUCAACUUCAAAGGCAUGGCGAUCGGAGACGGCCUCUGCGAUCCUGAACUGAUGCUCGGUGGUUACGGGGAGUUCUUGUACCAAACCGGGAUGAUUGACGAGCGUCAGAAGGAGUAUGUGAACCAGCAGACCGACCUGGGACAGAAGCUCAUCCAGCAGGAGAAGUGGAUCGAUGCCUUCAAGGUCUUUGAUAAGUUGUUGAAUGGAGACUUGGACCCGUAUCCAUCCUUUUUCCAGAAUGCCACAGGCUGCACCAACUACUUCAACUACAUGAUGUGUCAGGAGCCCGCGGACCAGGAGUACUUUGGGCAGUUUGUGACAUUGUCCUCGGUGCGGCGUGCCAUUCAUGUGGGGAACCUUAGCUUUCACGACGGCUCCGAGGUGGAGAAACAUCUGAUGGAGGACGUUAUGAAGAGCAUCAAGCCCUGGCUGGGAGUGCUCAUGGACAAGUACAAGGUGUUGAUCUACAGUGGUCAGUUGGAUGUGAUCGUAGCUGCCCCUCUGACGGAGAGGUUUCUGCCCACGGUGAACUGGAGCGGAGCAGCGGAGUACAAAAAAGCCCCACGAUUCCCCUGGAAGAUGCAGCCCAGCGACACGGAGGUGGCAGGCUACGUCCGGCAAGUGGGAGAGUUUUUCCAGGUCAUUAUUCGAGGAGGCGGGCACAUUUUACCCUACGACCAACCAGCACGCUCCUUUGACAUGAUAGACAGAUUCCUAUCUUCUCUGGGAUGGGCGUGA